AUGGCAACCACCGCUAGAAAGGGCUCGAAGCCGAUAUUCAGAACCGCACGCCCGUACACUGAGACAGAAUGGCCAGCUCUUACGUCUGUGCAAAGACGAAACAUUAUGGAUUUGCUGUGCAGCCUACUUCAGCCGUUAGGAGACCACCGCAGAGCUCAUAUCCGGCCCUCCAAAGGCACAAAACGGAAACGCGAAGCUCGCAAAGACGCCCAGUCUGAACAGCCAGCCAACCCACCUCCACCUCACCCUCCAGAAAUCCAGACCCACAUCCUCAUCGGUCUCAACAGCGUAAUUCGCCAUCUGGAGUCCCUAGCAGCGCAAAAUGCACCACCAACCGCACCCUCUCACGGCGAAGAAACUCUCUCACCUCGAGUGAAAGCAUCAGAUGCGGGUGCGCCACGACCUCUCGCCCUUGUACUAAUCCCACACAACCACCCGCCCGCCUCCCUCCCACAUGCAAACAUUCCGACUCUCGUCCACCUAUCCACCAUGGACUCACCGCCGGAAAAGGCAACGCGCCUGCUUGCCGUACCGCCCGGUUGCGAGCCUGUCAUCGCAGAAGCGCUGCACAUCCCGCAUGUAGGCGCGCUGGGGAUUCUAGAAGGAGCACCCGGUGCAGACGCCUUGGUGGCAUAUGUGAGAGAGAAUGUGGAUGUCACGAGGUGUCGAUGGAUCGAUGAGGCGAUGGGGCCGGAGUGGAAGGGCAUUAAGGUCGAUACGCAGCAAGCCUAA